CUGAAAUUAUGUCCUUUUCACCUAUCUUAUAUAGAUAGAUUAUUAUUAUAGGAAACUCAGUCAAUCUAACGUUAAAGUUUAAACUUAAACCCAUAGAUUCUCAUCAUAUACAUACAAACAAGUAGCUAAAGACGAGCUCUCCACUAACCAUAAAUUCUUAUAAACAAAAUAUAUACUUUCUCUUGAUUCUCUCUUUUUUCUUGUUUAAAUCUUUUCUUAUUCUUCUUCUUCUUAUCAUAAACAAUUCAUCCCUCUAGUUGUGGAGCGCCUUAUUGUCCAAACUCAUCACAUAUAUUAAUUUCCCUCUUUUUCCAUUUAAACCUUAACUCAUUCUCUCUUGAAUGAACCAAUUCAUGAAACUUCAUUAUUUGCCUCUGAUUCAUACCAUCUUUUUUCUUCCAGUUUAAACAACAACAAAAGGUUCUCAAUGGAUCCUCAAUACCACCAACCAAAAAAACAACAAAGAGAUCAAAAUAAUAAUUCCACUUCAGUCAAUAAAGGAAACAAUAAAUUCAAAGCGAUUAGGAAUAGGAGUGGUGGUAAUAGCAGUAGUAAUACAAAGUUUGUUGGGGUUAGGCAAAGGCCUUCUGGAAGAUGGGUGGCAGAAAUCAAAGAUACAACACAGAAGAUAAGGAUGUGGCUUGGAACAUUUGAAACAGCCGAAGAAGCUGCACGAGCUUACGAUGAAGCUGCUUGCCUUCUUCGAGGAUCAAAUACUCGUACAAAUUUCAUCACUCAUGUCUCAACUAAUUCUCCUCUCGCUUUUCGAAUUCGGAAUUUGCUAAAUCAGAGAAAGAGUGGAAAGCAACACCCCCUUCUUAAUAACGAUACUAGUAACAGUUCAUCAUCGUCGUCAGCUUUAUCGUUAUCACCGUCAUCAUCUUACGCCAGUAGUACUAUUACCACUGCAACGACAACAACAUCUACCGCUAAUAUUGCUGCCCCGUCUUGUACUAGUACUAGCAGUAGUGAUAGUAGUGGUCAAAAUUCAUCACCCAAAGCUGACGAGCACAAAGAAGAGAGACUAAUGUCAUCGCAGAUAUCCGAUGAUGGUGGAUAUAGACCAGACUUAAGCAGUGUUCACGAGGAAUUCGAAUUGUUGGCGGGUUCUUCAUCAUCAACAACACAAUCUGAUCCUUCUUGGUUCUUUGGACAUGGGUUAGCAGAUCAUCGCUAUUCUUCCUUCUGUCAAGAUGCAUUUGAGCAACUUCCAAAUAAGAAUGUUAUGUCAGAUCAUUAUCCCCUGGCGAGUAUUGUCAAUAGCAAUAACCACCACCAUCAAACUCAGUCAACAUCAGAGAUUACAGAGUUUGAUAGGAUUAAGGUAGAGAGACAAAUAUCAGCAUCACUCUAUGCCAUGAAUGAUGUUCACGAAUACUUGGAGAGUUAUCAUGAUCCUAUUGAUGGUUUGUGGGAUCUCCCCCCUCUAUGUCAAUUGUUUUGUCCCCUAUGAGAUGCAUAUGCAUAUGAUCAUGUUGAUGGUCAUAUCCUCUAUCGCACUCGUCCUUCUUAAUUUUAUUUGCCUCUUUUUAGUUGUUUUCUUAAGAGAUCCCUCAGAAUUAUGAGAGGAGAUGGUAUCUGGAAUUGGUGUCCAUUAAAAGUAAGAAUGAAUAAAGUUUAGAUGAUGCAUAUUUUUUACUUUUAA